CUGGGUCUCACGCUGUCGAAUUGAGUAAAUGACUAAGGGACCCGUUACCUUUUGUACACAUUGCUGAAAGACCAGCGUCCAAUUCUUUUUCUGAUUCUCAUUUGAUUUACAAGACAAUGACUGAGAAGAAUGAAACCUCCAAGAUGCUCAUGAGGACGAGGAAGGAAGAAAUGGAGUUUGACAAAGUUGCAAUUUACUUUUCAGAGGAGGAGUGGGGCUGUUUAAAUGAAGAGCAAAAAAAACUUUAUAAGGAUGUAAUGAUAGACAAUUACCUGAACCUUGAAUCCUUAGGACAUGUUCAUGUGAAGCCUUCACUCGUCUCUAGGAUAGAACAAGGGGAAGAACCAUAUGUGUGUGACCAGCAGAAGGCCAAUCAGGAGAAAGUUGACAUAAAUACCAAUACAGAUGGAUCUGAGAGCCAAACAAUACUUGGAAACAAUCAAGAUGCAGUUACCAAUAUGAAGAAAUGUUCUGUGUGUGGAAAAUGGUUUUCCCAACAGUCCGUGGUUACUAGAGAAAAUAAUGAUAGCGAGGAGAAACCUUUUUCAAUUUCUGUAUGCAAGAAUUGUUCUACCUUGACACAAUCCCUUACUAUAUAUCCAAAAACACCUACUAAUGAAAAGAUGUUUUCAUGUUCUAUAUGUGGUAAGUGUUUUUCGUGGCAAUCAAGUCUUAAUAAACAUCAGAGCAUUCAUACCGGAGAAAGACCGUAUCCAUGUUCUGAAUGUGGGAAAUGUUUUACCCAACAAUCAAGUCUUACUACACACAAGAAAAUACAUACAGGAGAGAAACCAUUUUCAUGUUCUGAUUGUGGGAAACGGUUUACCCAGAAACCACAUCUUCUUAGACACAAGAAAACACACACAGGAGAGAAACCUUUUUCAUGUCCUGAAUGUGGAAAAUGUUUUACUGACCAACAGUCGCUAAUUACACAUGAGAAAAUUCAUACAGGAGAGAAACCAUAUACAUGUUUUGAAUGUGGCAAGUGUUUUGCUUGGCAAUCAAGUCUUAAUAAACAUUUAAUCAUUCAUACAGGAGAGAAACCAUUUUUAUGUCCUGAAUGUGGAAAAUGUUUUACUCAGCAAUCAUGUCUUAUAACACACAAGAAAAUUCAUACAGGAAAGAAACCAUUUUCUUGUACUGAAUGUGGGAAGUGUUUUACCCAGAAAGCACACCUUCUUAGACAUAAAAAUACCCAUACAGGUGAAAAACCAUAUUCAUGCAAUGAAUGUGGGAAAUGUUUUACAGACCAACAAUCGCUUAUUACACAUGAAAAAAUUCAUACAGGAGAAAAGCCAUUUUCAUGUUCUGAGUGUGGGAUAUGUUUUACUCGUCAAGCAAACCUAAUAGCACACCUUAUCAUUCAUAGUGGAGAAAAACCAUUUUCAUGUGCAGAAUGUGGGAAAUGUUUUUCACGACAGUCAAACCUUAAUACUCACGAGAAAAUUCAUACAGGAGAGAAACCAUUUUCUUGUCCGGAGUGUGGAAAAUGUUUUACGUUGCAAUCAGACCUUUAUAGGCAUCAGAAGUUUCAUAGAGGAGAUAAACCAUAUUCAUGUUCUGAAUGUGGAAAAUGUUUUACUCUCCAGUCUCAUCUUCUUAGACAUCAGACCAUUCAUACAGGAGAGAAACCAUUUUCAUGUUCUGAGUGUGGGAAACGGUUUACCCAACAAUCACAUCUUCUAAGGCAUUCAAGAACGCAUACAGGAGAGAAACCAUUUUCAUGUUCUGAUUGUGGGAAGAGUUUUACUAGACAAUCAAAUUUUCUUACACAUCAGAAAAUACACAAUAAAGAUAAACCAUUUUCAUAACCUGAA